AAAUCAAAUUUCAAAUCAAUAAUCUUGAAAUGAAAUAUUGAACGUAAGAAAAGUGGAAGAGUUUUGAUUUCCGAAAGGAGAUACGGUAUUAUUGAGAGGCUUAAGAGACUCUUUGCCGAAUUUAAGGAGGCUAUUCAAAAUGCUCCACAUUUACUGUGCCGAAAAUAUAUCGAACAAGAAAAUACGUCAAUUGCAAACAAGAUGUGUGUAUCGAUACAUUUGGAUUUAUGAAAAGUUGAUAAGGAAUAACGAGAUGAAUGUAUGGAUGAAAAAAAUAUUAACGUGAACUCGACGCCAUCUUUAGCUUUAAUUUCUAUGAAAUAGUACACGCCUAGUUGACAGAGUCAAGUGGUAGAUCUAAUUAAAAUUAAUUGGAACAUAUCUACACUAUAAAGGAUCUAAAUAAAAUAAUUAUGGAAUAUGAUGGCAUUUUAGCUAAUAAGAGGAAAAUAUCAAGUCAGACAAAACAAUAGCGGUGUGUUUACACUUUACGUGCUAAAUUGUUUAUGUUAACCAACCUUUUCGUGUAUGCCAAGUUACAGUUUCAAUAUUAGUGCCAUUGAAUGUCUAAAACGGUUAUAAUGAAAGAAAGGCUUUGGAAUGAUUUCCAAAAUAUUUAAAAUGUAGUCACUUUGACAAUAUUUGAGGUGUCAUACUUAAGGUAUGAUCAAUGGCAGACAUAGUAUCGACGAAGUUUGGUGACAGAAGACUUGUUUAUUUACCGCCAAUAAAUCUAAAGGGGAGCAAAACACCAAAGGUUGAGACAAUUGAGGCGGGUCGACAAGUUCCCGACAGAUAUGGAAACGCCGGUGACGUGUCAAUUGUUCCAAAAGAAUAUGCCUACAACGACAGAUACGCUGGUAGGAAAAACGCUUGGUUAGGAGGUCCAGUCCGCUCCACAAUAGAAGGUAAUAUCGUGACGGAGCAGCCUCGAGCAGUUGGUGACCAGAUAUUUGAACAACUAUACCAACAGGCUACUACAAACACCAUGGCAAACUACGGACAAGGCCAAUAUCCCGUGUUACCUCCAAUUGGAGAUUCACCCAAACACAUGCACUAUACUAAUGUUGGUCUUCAACCAAUGGCACAACAACAGGCGGGGCAGAAUCCACAGUUAGGACCUAGCAAUGUACAUCAGCAAGGAUCCGGUCCCAAUGAAAAACAUAUCUACUAUGGACCAAAUGGCGAGGUCCUUGAAGGCCCACCAUCCUGCUGUCAGCGCCCUGGCUUAGAGCUACCAAGAGACUUUGUAUUUGAAGGUCUAUUAUAUUUCGGACGAUUAAGAACAAUAAAUUUAAUCGAAAGUGUCUCGGGGUUUCCAAAACUUCCUGACUACUUGAUAAAAGAUUUACUGGAGAAAUAUGGACAAUACGAACAUACAACUGUGAGGGUUGUGGCACGGCUUGGACGAUGCUAUGUUCAUGCUACACCACAUAUAAGGGAAAGUCCUAGAGUUCAGCCAGAAUAUGUUCCCGUGUAUCUAAAUGAAGACGAGGAAUUCGAUUACGGUAAAUUUAUAUCAGAUUAUCAAAAUGGACAGUAUGUGCCUCGCAGACGGAGAUACGGUUCCCCUCCAAAAGCACGUGAAAUUGUGUAUCGACGGGACUUUCGCCCAAGUACUUAUGAUGAUGUUGAACAUUUGCGUUGGCGAAGAGAAGAUGAGCGAUUCAAACCUACCGGAAGAGAGACGGCACCGUCUCGGGCUGAAAGCUGGGUGUACCGAACUAGCAGCAGACGGACAUUGCAGACGAGGGAUGACAUCAAACCUAUUGAAAAGCUGGACAGACGUUUACUUAAAUAAUGAAGGUUUUUAAGCGACUUGCGUCAGUUUUCUAAUACAGUUACUAGUAACAUAAUUUCGUCGUCAGGUAAGUUCCUGCAAAGUUCUAUUUAAUGAGAACAUUUUUGAAUAAAUGCAAAAUUACAUGGUGAAAAGAUAAAAUAUUUAUAGAUAUUUUUUUUUUAUUCUUGCCAUUUUAUGUUGACACUUUUGAUGGAUAUAAAAUGUCAAGGAACCAGACUUAUGUAGACAAGAAAACUUUUUGUCAUUCAGGACUCGGGUCUUUAGACUCUGCAUGUUUAAAUGUGUAUUUAAAGGUAUUUUUGUUAAAAUGAACACUGUAAAUUGCACAUCUAAAAACAACAAAAAGGCUAAAAAUGAACAAAUAUGAUUUAAAACGAUUUUGACUGGAGCAGACUCAAGUCAAAGUCAAGGCCAUGGUGGAUUGAAACGGAUAUGCAAUAUGUAAUAAUUGUCUUAACAUCUGCCACAUCAACAAGGAAGGAAGUGAAAAAAAGCAGCAGUGACUUCAGUCGCGGAAAUUUCACAACAAACUCUCCUGGGAAUUGUUGUUUAUAGCUAUAUGUUUAAUAUUCGACAUUUUUCAUUUAUAUAAAAGUCUUUCACAACAGUAAUGCUUUUAUCAUACCAUGUAUAUAAAUAAAGUAAAUGGCUUUCAACGGUUGAAAAAUGAUAAAUAUAAAUACAAAUUAUGUGUAGUUUUUCUGAAAUAGUUAUUUUUUUUAAUUGCUGUUAUACAUUGUAUUCUAAUACAAAUUUGCAAAAAUG